AGGGCUGUGGCUGAGCGUCCUUGGAGAGCCUGCUGACACGUGCAGCCCCAUGCACCAUCCUUUCACAGGACUCAAAAUAGGCAUGUGAAGGGCCAGCCCUAUCAGGCCAUCUAGCACUCUGUAGAAGCACAGGCAAGGUGGGAGAGAGCAAGGAUAAUUCAAGGUCCAUCUGCUUUUAGCAGCUAAAAGCAUGGUCUCCCUAGCAUGUCUCUAAUCUGAAGCUGUUGGUUGGGUGCAGAUUGGAUCAGAGUUUUGCCCGUCCUCUAACAUGCACAUCUACACAGAGGACCCAGCUCCAAAGUAAUCAAAGAAUUUGCCCUCUCAGCUCACGGUUGCACCUGUGAUGUAGAAAUAAAAACAAGAGAUGAUGCUGCAGAGAGUUCCCCAUACCUAGGUAGCUGGGAGCACACACCUCCAAAGCACCUCUGCCUAUAAUGGGGAACAGCAAAGAGACAAUGGUGAGAGUCCAGCCUCCUCGCAGCCAGGUCCAAGACCUAGAGGGGCCACAGUCACAGGAGGAGUUGACAGGUUUGCAGAGCACCCUGAAGCUGAAACCAAGGUCCCAAGAAAAACAACCUGUUGGAAGAGACGGACAGUGGGGAUGGCACUGCAGAGCUUGGUCACCAUCCCAGGCAGAUGCAUGUGGGGAAAUCUGGAUCACCAUCUGGAGGGGUCCUUCAUAUGGGGGCUGUACAGGGCCCAUCUGCCCAAGCCCCACUGGCAUCCUGAACCAAGCCAGCCCUCCAUCACACCCCAGCAACUCUGGCUGCCCUGUCAGGCCCUGUGGGCCACAGGAAUAUCCAGGAGCAAUCAUGUGUCUCUGCUCUGGUGAGCCCAGUGCUGAUCCAAGGCCCAGGGACUGACUUCAGGGAACAACCUACUGCCGAGAAAGACCCAUUUGCCAGGUCUUCCACCAGCUUCAGCCCAAGAGCCAUCGGCAAAGGCUUGUUGCCCAGGAGCUGGGGUCAUAAAUGCCCAUGGGUUUGGGACCGCAGUGGGAAGGACACGGGGAGCCCCAGAGGAACCAUCUAGGGCAGCGAUCCAGGGCUCUGGCUCAGGGCAAGACUGUCUUAAAGAGUCAACUCCCAUGCAUGAGUGGGGAGAACAGCACAUGCCAGAACCCUUGUGAAAGCAAAGCCAGCUCCAGGAAGAGACGGGUGAAAGAAGAGACUGAGAAGGGAAAAGGGCUGCUCCUGUAACACGGAUCUGACUGCCACGGCUCUGUGGGAGGUGGAGCAGCAGAUGGGAGGAAGGUCAGAAACGGCCAGCACAUGAGGAAGUGCUGGGAGAUGCAGCCCAGCAGGCAAGAGGAGCGACAGCCAGUGUAGCCAGGGCAGCUGGUCUCAGCAGCUCUGGAUGCAGCAGACCUCAGCCGGCAGGGGAAGGACAAGGAGCACAGGCAGACAGAGCUGCAGGAACCUCAGCGGGGACCUGGAACCCCACUUGCGUGAGGCUGCGCCUGCUUCCAGCUGGAACGGCUCUUCAUUCUGCCAAGCUAGUUGAAUCCUGCCUGGUGCUUCCUCUGGAAGCCUCCCUGGCCAGCUGGAGAGGCACCACAGAGGUGACGGCUUUACAUUGAGCACUCCCAACUUUGCACAGAUUUAACUCAAAUACUUCAUAAACAGUUUGGAGAAAAGCUCUUUUGAGGAAGAAAGUUGCAACACUUCAUCUGCUUCAUUUAAAGAGCCAGGACAUACCUGGACUGUGCAGUCUCUGGAGGAGGCUUUGCUACCUACCGCUUCUUGGAUAAGCAAAGAUCACAUACCAUUUGAGGAACUUUCACCAAGCCACCUCAUUCUCCUGCAACUGAACAGUGCCAGGGAGGCCCUCCAGGUCACACUCGACAAUGUCACUGUCUGUGCGGCCGCAGCGCCGAGUCCUCAUCGCCAAGAUCAAUAGGAGCCAGUCAUUCGCCGGAGUGAAUUCAACAGUGGAACGGCCCUUCAGGAACCUCUCGCCCUUCACCCCCACCGUCUCCCGCAAGGCUGGCUCCAGGGUCAGUAGGAUGUUCUCAAUGUCCCACAAAUCGCCACCGCCCAAGGUGCCUCAGCCCAACCGCCUGGAUGAGGUGUAUGAAGCACUAAAGAAGGGCCUGACAGCCUACCUGGAGGUGCACCAGCUGGAACUGGAGAAGCUCAGCACCCAGAUCCGCGAGUCCAAGAGGAAUUCGCGCCUGGGCUUUCUCUACGACCUGGAUAAGCAAGUCAAGUCAAUUGAGCGCUUCCUGCGUCGCCUGGAAUUUCAUGCUAGCAAGAUAGAUGAGCUCUACGAGGCCUAUUGCAUCCAGCGGCGACUCCGUGAUGGGGCCCACAACAUGGUCAAGGCUUACAGCACAGGGUCACCGGGCAGCCGAGAGGCACGUGAGAGCCUGGCCGAGGCCAGCAAGGGCUACAAGGAGUAUACAGAGAACAUGUGCCUGUUGGAGAGCGAGCUGGAGAGUCAGCUGGGCGAGUUCCAUGUCCGGAUGAAAGGACUGGCAGGUUUUGCCCGGCUGUGUGCUGGUGACCAGUACGAGAUCUUCAUGAAGUACGGACGGCAACGGUGGAAGUUGCGGGGGCGUAUUGAGGUGAACAGCAAGCAGGUGUGGGACAGCGAGGAGAUGGUUUUCUUGCCCCUCAUCACCGAGUUCCUCUCUAUCAAGGUGACGGAGCUUAAGAGCCUGGCCAACCAUGUCGUGGUGGGCAAUGUGUCAUGUGAGACUAAGGACCUCUUUGCAGCUCUACCCCAGGUAGUGGCUGUGGAUAUCAAUGACUUGGGUACCAUCAAACUCAGCCUGGAGGUGACCUGGAACCCCUUUGACAAGGACGACCAGCCCUCAGCAGCCAGCACCGUCAACAAGGCCUCCACGGUGAACAAGCGGUUCUCCACGUACAACCAGAGCCCACCUGACACCCCAUCCCUGCGGGAGCAGGCUUUCUAUAGCCCGGCGCGGGCAGCCGACAAGCACGGCUGGUCCUUGUUGGACAUCUUUCGGGAGACACUCUUCGAGAAGCUGUCUCAGAGCUGCUCCUGCGGCGACGUCUCCUCGGUCGAGCUCAGGAGAUGGCCGCAGCAGGGCUGUAACAUGCUGCGGCGCCAGGAGGAGCUGGAGAAUGGCACAGCCUGGUCCAUCUCCUCGGAGUCAUCAGAUGAUUCCUCAAGCCCCCAGCUGUCAGGCAGUACCCGCCACACCGUGCACAAGCCCAUCGUGCAGCCAGAGGUGCAGGCCUCGGCCCCUGCCAUCGAGAUCUCCUUCUCCCAGCAGCAGGAGGCAGGGGCUGGAGCCAGCAUCCCUGCCGGAUCAGGGCUGCCCGACCAGCCAGAGGAGCAAGGCAGCUCCAGGAAGGAUGUGGUGGCCAAUGGGCACGUGCCCUACUCCCGGACUCUGAGCCACAUCAGCGAAGCCAGCCUGGACACCCCGAUGGAGGCCAAAGCUGUGGAGAGCAUGUGGGAGCCCUCUCCAAGCCCAGAGGACUCUGGCCCAGGCGAGCCAGAUACAGACUCCCUCCCUGGUGCCUCAAAUGCGGUGCCGGCAGCCUGGGCAGGACAGGACAGAGCCCUCGAGGCCAAGCCUCGCACCAUGGUGUCAUGGGCUGAGGCCUGUGAGACGGAGGCCACGCGGGUAGAGCCGGUGGUGAGCCAAGUGCUGGUGCAGGGUGGCUGUGACACCAAGGUCCCCCCACAGGCCACAGCCCCAGCACACACCUCUGCGGAGGAGAUGCCUGUCCACACCCCACUCCUGCCUGCUGGUCCCCCUGAGGUCCCACGAGUGAAGGCCGUGGACUCAGGCUUGGAGGAGGCCAUCAGCCUCCUGGGCUCAGCCCUGGAUGACUAUCGAGGACAGUUCCCAGAGCUGCAGCCCCUUGAACGGGAGCUCAAACACCUGGAGGAGAUCCUGCUGCACAAGCAGGGUGUGUUCCUCAGCCGGGCCUCCAGCAUCAGCCUCACAGUGGAACACGCACUGGAGAGCUUCAGCUUCCUCAACACCUCUGACAUGGAUGACUCGGAGGGGUCUGAGGAGGAGGCCAUCCGGGACGAGAGGAGGGCUGGCAAACCCCAGCGUGGGAGUGGGGCCCCCAGCGCUGGUGAGAUGGGGGCAGACGACGCUGGCUUGUGCAGCUACUCCGAGGGCAGCACAGACCCCAUGAGUACUGGCAACGAGUUCCUGGAUAAGUCCCUGGUGCUUCAUCUCAACAACUGCAACUGCCUGCUGCUGAAGCUGGGCACCUUCGGGCCCCUGCGGUGCCGGGAGAUGUAUGCCCUGGACAGGUUGCUGCGGGAGGCGCAGGUGCUGGAGAUCGUGUGCCAGCUAACGGAGGAGCGAUCGGGAGCAGCCAGCUCUGCUGCCGAAGUGGUGCAGUUCUCAACGCAGAAGGAGGGAGUGCUGCCCCUCUGGGACCUCUGCGUGGAGGUGCCCAAUGUCUACACCUGCCCUGUGGAGCGGUUCCUGCAGGUGCUGAGCACCCAGUACGCAGCACUUAUCAACGAGCGGCACCCUGGCCUGGCUGACGCAGUGUGUGUAAAGCUGGUGGAGGAUGUGCUGAAUCGACGGCUGCCCCGGCGACCUGGCAGUGCCCAGAGCGAGCAGGUCACCAUCUUUCAGUACUGGAGCCACUUUGAGUCGCUCAGUGCCCUGGUGCUGGACGCCUAUGUGAUGGAGCUGGCGGAGGAAGUGCUGCUGGCGCAAAACCUGAAUUCGGAUGACCAGGACGUGGUGCUGCGGGCCCUGAAACGCGUGCCCGAGGGCCGCCUCAAGAAGGAGGGACUGAAGGCACUGAGCCUGCUCCUCGUGGAGGGCAACAGCAAGGUGGUGAGCGCUGUGUCGGCUCAGCUCCGCAGCCUGGCUGAAAACCCCCGCUUCCGCCAACGGGCCCUCGUGUGUUACCUGGACCAGCUGGAGGAUGAGGAGGUGCAGACGCGUGUGGCAGGGUGUGCAGCGCUGGGCUGUCUCAAGGCCAAGGAGAGCAUCGAGCAGCUGGUUUACCUGUGCCAAACUGACAAGGAGCCCGUGCGGGAGGCAGCCAAGCAGAGCCUGAUGCUGUGUGGGGAGGAUGGUAAAUCGGCUCACCGGCGGCUGGAGGAGACCCUGGACAGCCUCCCGAGGAUCUUUGCCCCAGCCAGCAUGGCCAGUACAGCUUUCUGAGACGUCACGCACACCUGCCUGCCAUCCCUCAGGGCAAAAGCACCGCUGGGCUGCCUGGGCUUGCAUGGACUGGGCCAAGCCAGCACCCAGAGGCUCCCACCCUCAGCAGCGCACUGCAGUAUUACCCCUACCAGCAGCUUGCCGCAGCCGCUCACUGCCUUACAGAGCACCGCUUCCCCUGCCCCUAGACAUUGGCCAUUCGGGGGUGCCCUGUUCGCACCCCUGGGCAGGGGGGCUCACUGCACCUCUCACCCUUUGAUUGCUAUUUAUAUUGCGGGGGAGCUUGCCCUACCUGCCCCAUCGUUGGCUACAGCUGCUGGGACUGGAGCAGGGCGGAGAUGUACCAGACUUCUCUGCCACUUCCCUUCCUGUCACUUGAGGGCACAUGCCCUUCCACGGAAGGACCUGCACUUUGGAAACGAUGCUGUUUCUUUCCAGGAGUUUCCUGGGCUAUGGGGACUGUCAUCCUUUGCCACCUGGAGUCCCCGGGACUUAAAUAAAAUGAUAUAUGAGAUAUUAAUAUAUAUACUGCUGGCAUUUCUUCUUUCCAGCUCCACAUGCUCCUGUCCCUCCCCAGGCCUGGCUGUAGGGAGUGCAGUGAGAUAUGGCCCCAGCCCAGAGCCUUUCCCAGUCUCUUGGGAAGCACUGUGGAGGGCAGGGGCAGGAGGAGCAACAGACAGAGGGAUGGACAGACGGAUGGACAGAAGCUGCCACCUUUGUUUUGGUUUUAUUUUAUUUUUUAUUUACAGAUUUUUGCAGAAAAACAAAAGCAAAAAAUUCUUUUCUAUAAUGUCUCUAUAAAUCUAUAUAUAAUGUAAUUACAGAGAAUGACUAAUUUUGAUUUUAAACCUGAAAUAAAAACAAACCUUUAAUGAGU